UGUUGCUUGUGCUUGGCUUGAUUCAUUCUUUGCUAUCAUUGUUCAUCAUCAACACUCUCACAGUUUGACCUUGAGCUUCUCUUAAGAGUCUCAUUCUUGCUGCCAUUUGAAGCUCACAUCCUCACAAGGUUAUACCCAAUCUCUUGCGGUUGCUCAACAUCUCAACACUGAAUCUUUAGUGUCUGCGAUUUUGCCUUUUAGGCAUAUACAUUGUAUCUUGAGGACAGUGCUUGGGUUCUUGGAGCAAAAGAAUGGCUUUGUUUGUUUCCUCCGAUUGUUUCAUUCCUGUCAAUCAACCUCGGCUUAGAUUUCUGCCACAUUAUGGCCCCAAUCAGUCUUGCGAUAGUUGUACCAAGCUGCAUUUGUGCAAGGGACCUCAAAGACCUAGUCAUCUUUCAUUUUCACGUUGUACACGAGCGUCAGAAAUUGUGCCACUUGUUGCUGCUCAAAGAAAGGGUCGAUCAUCUCUUUUACAGACUGCUGCUGUACGUCAUUUGACUGGUUCAGUGACGAAAACCCAAGGACUGCGUUUUGCUGUGGUUGUUGCACGGUUUAAUGAAAUUGUCACUAAGCAUCUCUUGGAGGGAGCUCUGAAUACUUUCAAGAAUUAUUCUGUUGAAGACGAGGAUAUUGAUGUUGUAUGGGUUCCUGGUAGUUUUGAGAUUGGUGUUGUUGCAGAAAGACUGGGUAAAUCACACAAAUAUAAUGCAAUCGUGUGCAUAGGAGCUGUGAUAAGAGGUGAUACUACCCACUAUGAUGCAGUUGCAAAUUCAGCAGCAUCUGGUGUGCUUUCAGCUGGUCUAAAUUCAGGAGUUCCUUGCAUUUUUGGUGUCCUAACCUGUGACGAUAUGGAUCAAGCUCUAAAUCGAGCUGGUGGUAAAUCUGGAAAUAAGGGUGCAGAGGCUGCAUUGACAGCUAUUGAAAUGGCUUCUUUGUUCGAGCACCAUUUGAAGUAAGUGCUUGCACCAUCCACGCAACAAGGUCAAAGAGUUUCUCCAGUUCAGGGUUGCUGGACAAAAUAUCUUUGAGUUCAUUGAUUAUUGUUGUAAUAAUAAAAGAAACCAUUUGGGCACAGUCGUGGAGUAGUGAGGAAUGAGAUCCCGUUCACUAUUUUCAGGGACGUAGUGUUUGCGCAUGAGAGCCCUGUAGAAUAUUUUCCGGAAUAGUUUUUGUUAUUUAUUUUGAACCAAACUUCGUUUUUUUUUUUUGUUUGUGGAUUGUUUUGUUAUAUCGUUCCUUUAAUGUUAAAAUUGAAGGAAUUUGAUUAAUGAAGGGUCAUGCUUCAACUUGUAUUAUGGUACAUUUUACUUUGAUAUAUCAUCACGAUGCUCUGUUUUGGUGUUUAGAAAUUUAUAAAUAAUUUGCCUUCUCAGGUCA